AUGAGAACCCUUCAAUCAAAAGGUCAUCAGGAUGUAUAUGUCAAGGUAGAACCACUCUCAGCAUUGAAUACAACAGAUGUUACACCUUCUGAAAAACCUUCUAGUGAAAUUGUGGAGUGUGCGGCUGGCGCGUCUCCCAGGGAUUCCCAAAUAAAACACGAACCAGGUGAAGAGGUGGACGUCAAAAAGGAGUCAGCACAUUCCGAAUUACAGCAAAACCACGAACCGCAAAAAUGUUCAGUUGAUGUAAAAGAAGACCAUUUCCUUAAGACUGAGCCGGAUUGUAUUCCAAUAAACCCAGAAGCAGCUGAGGUUAAAACAGAGCCUGACUCAGAAACAGAUAACCACAAUGAAGCAAUACUGGAGAGUGAUCUGAAUGUAAUAAAGGUGGAAAAUGAAGAAGACUGGGCAGAUGUCAAGUUGGAGCCAUCAGAGGAAGAACCCAAAGGUAGUGCUGACCAAGAUGGAGAGUCAGUUGUUUCCUCCCAGUUCUUCCCCUGUCCUGACUGCUCGAUGUCUUUUACCGAUUACUCCUACUUUGAGAGGCACCUCAAAUGGACUCAUCCUGCACAGUACCUCGCCAGGCUGAAGAGCAAAGCUUCCAAGUGCGAAAGCGAAUUGUCGAGCAUGGUUACCUGCUCCUCGAAUACUGGCUCUUCCUUAACCGAGAAGCAGCAACAAGCCCACGUGCGUCACGCCCAUGUCCGCACAUCCAAGCCGCCUAAGAAACGCUACCCGUGCCCUCAGUGCGAUAGCACCUUUCCCUUCCAGGCCACUCUGCGGAAACACUGUCAAAGAUGGCACGGCCUGGAAACCGUCUGGAUAAACGAUUACCUUUGCUGCUUCAAGUGCAGGAAACACCUCACCGGCGGCUGGGGCAACGGGCCGCACCGAUGCCACGAUACGGAUGAGAGCGAAGCGGAGAUCCAGGAAGGGGAAGGACCUGGGUGUGUGGAUCGCGGCUUCCCUUUCACCGGAGAGAGAACAAACAUUUGCAAUGGCUGCGGUCUUGGCUUCAAAGACCUCGAAAGUCUUCGCAAGCAUUCCCUCAUCCACAGCGGCGAGAGACUCUACUUAUGCCCCUUGUGCGGGACAGUAUUUGGCCAGUUGGACAGUGUCAAUGCCCAUAUCUGCAUCCGUACAACGGAGAAGAGACAGGAGAAACCCCACCAGUGUGGAGAGUGCGGAAAGUGUUAUGAGACAAAUUCGUACCUGAAGACCCACCAGCUCUCCCACACGGGCGAAAAACCGUACCGCUGCGAGGAGUGCGGGAAGAGCUACCGGUACAACAGCCAACUGACCAAACACAAACGGACUCACACCGGAGAAAAAAUAUACGCUUGCACGUACUGCGACCGUCGCUAUUACUACCCGGGCUCACUGAUACAACACAAACGCAGUCAUACUGGUGAGAGACCAUACAGCUGUCAGGAAUGUGGAAAGACGUACAGGGCGAUCCCCCACCUGAAGGCACACAUCCGGUCCCACACCGGGGAGAGACCUUACUGCUGCACCCAGUGUCCCCUCACCUUCGCCAGGAAACAUAAUCUCACCUCACACAUUAAGAACAACCACUGA